CCACUUGAGGGAGAUGACAAGAAGCUAAUCAUAGCUGAGCAAAAACCGUCAGUAAUCUAGAAAACAGCUUCAGGCUUAACAUCAACAGUGAAGAUGGAGUAACUGCUGUUAGAUCUACCCUUAUAAAAAUGAACGAAAUACAUGUGGUGGCUUGUUUUAGGCACUGGAAGUGUGGAGUAGAGACUAAAGACAGGAAAUUCAUGAGUUUGCUUUGUUAUUGAGAAGAUGACAGAAUCCCCAUGCCUGUGAGCAAGUGGGUGAGUGAGUGAGUGAACAAGAAAGAGAGAAGGGAACAAUUAACAAAGACAGAAGAAAAGACAUGAAAGAAAGAACCUCAAUUCAGUGAAACUCUCAAGAAUUCAAGUUUUUCUAAGAAUUCUGGUUUUUCUUGAAAAUAUAUACUACUAAGCUAUAGAAAAGAAGAUUAAAUCCUGCCAUUUGCAACUUGGAUGAAUCUAGAUGGUAUUAUGCUUGGUCAAAGAAGUCAGAUGGAAAAAGAAAAAUACCGUAUGAUUUUAGUCAUAUGUGAUUUAUAGAGAAACCAAACAAAUGAGUAAACUAAGUAAAAAAAAUGAAUACUUCAACAUCACUUGUAAUCAGGGAAAUGCAAAUCAAAAUUACAAUGAGAUACCAUCUUACACAAGUGAUAAUGGCACAUAUUAAAAAAACUAGCAACAACAAAUGUUGGCGAGGAUGUGGAGAAAAAGGAACUCUCCUGCACUGCUGGUGGGAGUGCAAACUGGUCCAACCUCUAUGGAAAGCUGUGUGAAGAUUCCUCAACCUACUGAAGAUAGAGCUUCCAUAUGAUCCAUCAAUUCCACUCCUUAUUCAGUUAUACCAACAACACCAAGGAGUACAAGGAGAGUUCGAUUGAACCACUGUUGGAGUUUUGACAAGUUGCUCUUCAGGAAAAAAAAUGGUUAUUUCUUUGAACUCAUGCCUCGGCUUUAUCUGUUUACUGCUUUGCCACUGGAUCAGGACAAUAUCACCCUUGAAUCUUGAAGACCCUAAUGUGUGUAGCCACUGGGAAAGCUACUCAGUGACUGUGCAAGAAUCAUACCCACAUCCCUUUGAUCAAAUUUACUACACAAGCUGUACUGACAUUUUGAACUGGUUUAAAUGCACGCGGCACAGAAUCAGUUAUCGGACUGCCUAUCGACAUGGAGAAAAAACUAUGUACAGGCGCAAAUCCCAAUGUUGUCCUGGAUUUUAUGAAAGCAGAGAAAUGUGUGUCCCCCACUGUGCUGAUAAAUGUGUCCAUGGUCGCUGCAUUGCUCCAAACACCUGUCAGUGUGAGCCUGGCUGGGGUGGGACCAACUGCUCCAGUGCCUGUGACGGUGAUCACUGGGGGCCUCACUGCAGCAGCCGAUGCCAGUGCAAAAACAGGGCUCUGUGCAACCCCAUUACGGGGGCUUGCCACUGCGCUGCAGGCUUCCGGGGUUGGCGUUGUGAGGAUCGCUGUGAGCAGGGCACCUACGGUAACGACUGUCAUCAGAGAUGCCAAUGCCAGAAUGGAGCCACCUGCGACCAUGUCACGGGGGAGUGCCGCUGCCCACCAGGAUACACCGGAGCCUUCUGUGAGGAUCUUUGUCCCCCUGGCAAACAUGGUCCACAGUGUGAGCAGAGAUGCCCCUGCCAAAAUGGAGGAGUAUGUCAUCAUGUCACUGGAGAAUGCUCCUGUCCUUCUGGCUGGCUGGGCACAGUGUGUGGUCAGCCUUGCCCUGAGGGUCGCUUUGGAAAGAACUGUUCUCAAGAAUGUCAGUGCCAUAAUGGAGGGACAUGUGAUGCCACCACAGGCCAAUGUCACUGCGGUCCAGGAUACAUAGGAGAACGAUGCCAGGACCAGUGUCCCGUUGGCAUGUAUGGAGUUCACUGUGCUGAGACCUGCCGGUGUGUCAAUGGAGGGAAGUGCUACCAUGUGAGCGGCUCAUGCCUCUGUGAAGCAGGCUUUGCUGGCGAGCACUGUGAGGCCCGUCUGUGUCCUGAAGGACUCUAUGGCAUCAAGUGUGACAAGCGGUGCCCCUGCCACCUGGACAACACUCUUAGCUGUCACCCCAUGUCUGGAGAGUGUGCCUGCAGACCGGGCUGGUCGGGACUCUACUGUAAUGAGACAUGUUCUCCUGGAUUCUACGGGGAAGCUUGCCAACAGAUAUGCAGCUGCCAGAAUGGGGCUGAUUGUGACAGUGGGACUGGAAAGUGCACCUGUGCCCCAGGAUUCAAAGGAAUUGAUUGCUCUACCCCAUGCCCUCUGGGAAGCUAUGGGAUAAACUGUUCCUCUCUCUGUGGCUGCAAAAACGAUGCUCUCUGUUCUCCUGUGGAUGGGUCUUGUACUUGCAAGGCAGGCUGGCACGGGGUGGACUGCUCCAUCAGCUGUCCCAGUGGCACCUGGGGCUUCAGCUGUAACUUAACCUGCCAGUGCCUCAACGGGGGAGCCUGCAACACCCUGGAUGGGACCUGCACAUGUGCACCUGGAUGGCGUGGGGAGAAAUGUGAACUUCCCUGCCAGGAUGGUACAUAUGGACUCAGCUGUGCCGAGCGCUGUGACUGCAGCCAUGCAGAUGGCUGCCACCCCACCACGGGCCAUUGUCGCUGUCUCCCCGGAUGGUCAGGUGUCCACUGUGACAGCGUGUGUGCUGAGGGACGCUGGGGUCCCAACUGCUCCUUGCCCUGCUACUGUAAAAAUGGAGCUUCGUGCUCCCCUGAUGAUGGCAUCUGUGAGUGUGCACCAGGGUUCCGCGGCACCACUUGUCAGAGAAUCUGCUCGCCUGGUUUUUAUGGACAUCGCUGCAGCCAGACCUGUCCACAAUGUGUGCACAGCAGCGGGCCCUGCCACCACAUCACUGGCCUGUGUGACUGCUUGCCUGGCUUCACAGGUGCCCUCUGCAAUGAAGUGUGUCCCAGUGGCAGAUUUGGGAAAAAUUGUGCAGGAAUUUGUACCUGUACCAACAACGGAACUUGUAACCCCAUUGACAGAUCUUGUCAAUGUUACCCUGGUUGGAUCGGCAGUGACUGCUCUCAGCCUUGUCCACCUGCCCACUGGGGCCCAAACUGCAUCCACACGUGCAACUGCCACAAUGGAGCCUUCUGCAGUGCCUAUGACGGGGAAUGUAAAUGCACUCCUGGCUGGACAGGUCUCUACUGCACACAGAGAUGUCCUCUGGGGUUUUAUGGGAAGGACUGUGCCUUGAUAUGCCAGUGCCAAAACGGAGCUGACUGUGACCACAUCUCCGGACAGUGUACUUGCCGCACCGGGUUCAUGGGGAAGCACUGUGAGCAGAAGUGCCCUGCAGGUACAUAUGGCUAUGGCUGUCGCCAGAUAUGUGACUGUCUGAACAACUCUACUUGUGACCACAUCACUGGGACCUGUUAUUGCAGCCCAGGAUGGAAGGGGGCACGAUGUGAUCAAGCUGGUGUAAUAAUAGUUGGAAAUCUGAACAGCCUAAGCCGAACCAGUACGGCUCUGCCUGCUGAUUCCUACCAGAUCGGGGCCAUUGCAGGCAUCAUCAUUCUUGUCCUAGUUGUUCUCUUCCUCCUGGCGUUGUUCAUUAUUUAUAGACACAAGCAGAAGGGAAAGGAAUCAAGCAUGCCAGCAGUUACCUAUACCCCUGCUAUGAGGGUCAUGAAUGCAGACUAUGCCAUUUCAGAAACCCUGCCUCACAGCAAUGGUGGAAAUGCUAACAGCCAUUACUUCACCAAUCCCAGUUACCACACACUCACCCAGUGUGCCACUUCCCCACAUGUCAACAACAGGGACAGGAUCACCAUUGCAAAGUCAAAAAACAAUCAACUAUUUGUGAAUCUGAAAAAUGUGAAUCCAGGAAAGAGGGGUCCUCUGGUGGACUGCACGGGUACUCUGCCCGCAGACUGGAAACAUGGUGGCUACCUCAACGAGCUCGGUGCUUUUGGACUUGACAGAAGUUACAUGGGAAAAUCCUUGAAAGACCUGGGAAAGAAUUCUGAAUAUAACUCAAGUAACUGCUCCCUAAGCAGUUCUGAAAACCCCUAUGCCACAAUUAAAGACCCACCUGUACUCAUCCCCAAAAACUCAGAGUGUGGCUAUGUGGAAAUGAAGUCGCCAGCACGGAGAGAUUCCCCAUAUGCAGAGAUUAACAACUCAACUUCAGCCAACAAAAAUGUUUACGAAGUUGAACCUACAGUCAGUGUUGUCCAAGGAAUAUUCAGCAAUAAUGGACAUCUCACCCAGGAUCCAUAUGACCUCCCAAAGAACAGUCACAUCCCUUGCCAUUAUGACCUGCUGCCAGUUCGAGACAGUUCAUCCUCCCCCAAGCAAGAGGAUGGUGGUGGCAGCAGUACCAGUAGCAGCAGCAGUGAAUGACACCAAAGGACCACUGGGUAGCCACUGGAACCCCUUUUAGAACUGCACUUCAGUUGUUUUCCAUCCUCAAGUUUGCCACCUUACACGAAUGUUAAUCUACUUGGUAGGCAGUUGUUGGAUGUGAACCAGAAGGCUCAAAGCUCACUGACUGUAGGUCCUAUUUGUGCAGUUGGUAUGGAAGGAGAUAUCAAUGUGAUUUCUCAUUCCUGAUAGUUUUAGAACUGUACCCGUGAAGCAUGACUUAUUGUAAAAUCUUGACUAAAAGCAUGACCUUGCAGAACUCCUUCGGAGAAACGGGUUGUGGUGGAUAUUGGUAUUAUUGCUUGAAAAAUUAAAAUUCAAAUAUUUUCUUGCUCAUUUGCUUUGCAGAGCUGUACCUAUGAUUGUGCAGUUUACCAUAAAAUCUACUUCGUGACAGUGUAAAUCACUAAACACGUAGAAGGAAAGGAGAACAUUAGUCCUUUCAUUUUUUUUUUUCAGCUAGACUCAAAAGUAUAGGGAUAAUACAAAACCAGGAGGAAACAUUCUGCCAAGUGGCACAGUUGGACAGACUUUGAAUAAAAUCUAGAAGUGGUAGCAAAUUUAAAUAUGAAAACUUUAGAUUUUUUUUUAAAUAAAGAAAUGUAUAAUUAGAAUUACUUUAGGAAUACUAGAAUUAUUACAGGAGUGAGUGUACAGAUGUGCCAUGCAGAGGUGAUUCUUCUCUCUGUUUGACCCUAGGCCCACUUUAGAUCUAUGCCGUCAUUCUGAUCACUGUCUCCAUCAUAUACAUUCUCCACUUGAGAUCCAUAACAUAUCAAUUAUUAUUUCAUCAGUAGAAAAAUGGAUAAUUUUAUUUUUGACAGACUGGAUUGAAUGAGUGUAUAAUGAUAGGAAAAUGUUGUAAAUUUUAAGUGUAAGAAAAUGCUUAAGUUUUGUAAGCCUUUAGUAAUACAUGCUGUAAUAUAGAAUUAGCAGAAGUUUUGAUUAAUUUUUUUCUAGAAGUAACUGAAAUAUUUUUGUGCAUAUUUGAGAAGAGGGCACUUUCCUUUUAUUAAUUGUUGGUUUAGAGAAACUAUGCUUAAGCUGGUCUUUUGCAUUGCUAAUAUGACAUGUACCCCAUUUUCAUUAAUUUGUAUUUCCAUUUUUAAGUUGUAUAUCCUAUGUUUUGUAGUGUUUGAAUUGUUAAUGAAAAAAUAUAUGUUCAUUGUUUCUUGUAUCAUUGACACUUUUUGCUUGAUAAAAAUGCAUUGUUCUUUUUUCUUUUGCGAGGAGAUGAAAAAUAUAUCAUUCAAAUCAACUGAAAUUGGUUAUUACUAAAAUAGUACAAUAACUCUAGAUGAUAACUUAAAGUUGAAAUGGAGAAGCUUUUUAAUAUUCCAAAGUGGGGUUCCUUUAUAUCUGUGGGUUCCCUGAGCCUGUGUUAAAUCAGAGCAAAGGCGUGUUGAGAGCAACUGUUACCGUACAAGUAUCACAGAUUAAUCUUACUGAAGACCUUCAUUAGGGUGCUCAUGUAAUUGACUAUUCAAAUUGGGGUAUGUUUGAAUGUAAAUGAAGGCUUUGUUAAUAAUUUAUCUGCUGUGGUUUCCAGCAAACGAGAACAGAUGAUCAUUUUGUGUGUACUCACACAUUAACAUUUUUACUUCAAGAUAGUUGUCUCAUAAGAAGGCUGAUAGGAUGCAAGAAAGCCAGUUUCUACUCCUUGGACCCACCUUAGCAAUGACUGAAUGAGGGAGCAUGCAAUAUACAUAAGGUAUUGACCCAGCCUCUUAUUACAUUGGGAUAUACUGUGAUCUUGUGUCACAUACCUGGGCCUGGGGUGGUGAUUUUGUCACAUAGAUGAUACAAUUUACAGCAUUCACUCCUUCGAUGGCUGUUUCUUUUAGGGAAACCCAAAUUAAUUCAAGGAAAUAUGGAGUGCCUGGAACACAAGUUAGCAACAAUUGAUUUAUUUCAACAAUUAUCCACUGCCUGACCCUUGACUCUAGGACAUAGGAUCUAAUUGAGGCACCAGUGGGUCAGUAACCACAAUGAGUCCUUUUUUGGUAAGAAAACAAUAAGACAUUUCCUCCUUUUCUAAGGAUUAUCUCUGCAGAGCUCUGUGGUAAGUUUGCGUUUUCUCUUUACUUCCUGGAGAUUAAAAAAAAAACCAAACAAACAGAAAGACUGCUUCUUUUCUAAUUUCACUAUUUUAAAAAAGAAAGCCUCAUGUCGAGGCAACACAACUUUAAGCAAAACACCCAGGCAACAGAUUGAAAUCCCAAGAACAGUGCUCUUCUUCCUGUGAAUUCUUUCUGACAAAAGCAUUUCUCAGACUAACUGUAGUCCUGAAACAUUUGUAUCUGAGGUGACUCUAACUUAAUCAGUAUUCACUUAGGACUUUUUAAACAUUGGGACACACAUAUUAUCUUGGGUAUUGUUAAAACUACAUGUAUUUGGGGAGGAGUCAUCGAGAAGUUAAAAUUUUCUCGGUAUUUGGAUACAGACUUGGGUAAAGAGAGAAAUACUUUUGUCAGAUGAAAAUUAAAGAGGAGGUGUUUUUCAGGUGGAAAUUUUCCAGAUAUGUCCAAUUUAAUUUGAUGGUGAUAUCACUCUUUUUUUUUUUAAAGAUUUAUUUAUUCAUGCAUACAAGAACCGGGCACAAGCCAGAUGUUCGGGAGGGUGAGAGGAUUCACCAGAGACAGAGCAGGGAACAGAAUAGGCAGAGUGAUUAAAAUACACUGCUGAGGAGAGCAGCGGACGAGUCAGAAGAGGUCUACUGCACCAUGUGGGCAGCUCUCUGGCAGGUUGGGAUCGAACCCCUGCUGCAGAUGCUGCGGACAGCCCCAUGGUGUUACGCUCAACUGCCUGCACCACCAGGGAAGGCUCUGAUAUCACUCUUUAUACAUGUGGAUCUAUUUGCAUGACCUUUGAGCCUAUAUUAAUAUUAAUUUGUCCCCUAAAAAUUAUUUCUUCCCUAUAUCCCAUAGUGGUCAAAGUUCAUGAAAACCUAGCAAAAGACAUUCAGGUGAGAAUAUCAUCAAAAGUACUAUUCUUUACCUAUUAUAUUAGAAAAUCUUCUAGUUGUAGUUAUAUAGAAAUAAAUUAAAAUUGGCCCAAAGUAUAGGUCAUACACUUGCUUUAAUACAGAAAAUGCUAUUUGUAGUUAAUUAUAUAAUAAGUAGUAUGUACAAUUACUUACAGAACAUGACAUAAAUUCCCCUUCUAUGCUAACAUGGUUGUGUUAAAUAAAGUUUAUUGUGUUUAAUUUAGCAUUAUCUCCAUGGAAAAUUGUAUUCGCCAAUGUAGAGUUUUAUAAUUGGACCAUUGUAACCUGUCACAGCCAAAUCCAUUAGCACAAGUACUAUGAAUUUUGAGAAAUGAAAGGUGGUUAUUUUGACUCCAAAUAGCCACAAUAGCAGUUAUUAAUUAUCAAGAUUUUUAAAUAAUAAAUAUUGCAAAAGUUAAACAAGAA